UUAAAUUCCAGAUUUGUGAUGAAAUAGUGAGGUGAAAUAGUACAAGCCAUUUGGAAGGUGGGAUAGUAUAAAUAGCAGGAUGAGGAACUUGUUAUUAAGAGAGCAAAGAGCAUCGGAUUGAGGCAUAAGAAUACGAUACAAUUACACAUACAAUUACACAUACAAUCACACGUAAACCAUCUGAAUAGAAUAGAAGAUUAGAUUAGAAUAAAUGAGCUGGGGUGGAUUUAAGAAGGUGCUCAAUAGGCAAGCGAGUCAGAUAUUGGUGAAAAGCGAAGAUAAAGUGACAGAUUACGAGUUUGAGUACUAUGAAAGAGCAUACAAAGAAUUAGAUAAAAUUGGAUAUAGGUUGGCGAAGGAGAGCCAGGGGUAUUUGAGCUCGCUUUUGCUGUUGAGCAGGUCUCAAUUGAGUAUCGCAGAAAGCAUCACCAAGUUGUUUCAAGAAGAGGGAAGCCAGAGUGGAAUCAGAGAGAACAAUUUACGAUUUCGCGACGAGUACUUGAGCCGAAUCCGAGACUUUGAUGGAGAGACAAUGAAAGAGGUGGAGCACGAGUACAAAACGACGGUUUUGGAGCCAAUGGAGAGGUUUUCAGAGUACUUUGAGAACGUGCAGCAGGCGGUGAAGAAGAGACAGCACAAGAGGAUGGAUUACGAGAACUGCAAGAGCCGUGCGCGGCGAGUGGGGGGCGGCAACCCCAGCAGUAGCAGCUUGAACGUCAGCAAGAUCGGGCGUGUUGAGCGGGAGCUCCAGCUCGCAAGAGAGGUCUACGAGGGGCUCAACGAGGAAUUGAAGGUCGGAAUGGCCGAGUUGGUGAACUUGCGCCAGCCCUACAUGGAGCCCUCGUUUGAAGCCAUGAUGAAGGUCCAAAAGAAGGUGAGUUUGGGCGCGUAUGUCGCGUUGGCCCAGACCCAGAACCUUGUGAGCGCGGUCGAUCGCGACGGGUUUGCAAACGGGACGUUGGACGCGCGGAUGGACAACGCUCUUGCGGAAAUGCUGCGGUUGACAACGGUGCAGUGCGUGUACUCAGGACAACGCGCGUUAUAAUGGGUGUGUGCAUGCGUGUGCCGUUAACUAACCAGCAGCAAACAGGCCAGCACGUGGUUCAGCCAAAGCAAAUGCCGGGAGCCGAAGACGCAAGGCUCUGGCCUCUGCCGGCGUUCAGCCGCAGCAACCCGGGCCAAUCACGUUGCGUAGUGCCGGAAAUCAAACGCAGCUUCUCGUCCCGCUUUAGACGCUUGUGGAGCAUCUCCAGCUUUUUUAUCUUCCUUUUCCACCUUCCUCACCUUCCUCACCUUCCUCAUCUUCUUCUAGCUGUUUCUCAAUUUUGAU